AUCCGCAGCGCCGAGGGAAGAUGGCGGCCGCCAGGGCGAUAGCCGCCCUGGGUCGGCGCCUCGCGGGCGCGCUGCGGCUGUCAGGAGCGCGGCCGGGCCUGGUGGCUGCCGGCCUGCCCGGCUUAACGCUGAACCCGUGCCACAGGAACCUGGCACAAGCCGAGCCCCUCUGUCACGCAAGGUUUCUGCAUGCUACGCUGCCUCGGAAGGGCCUGGAGGAGUUCUUCGAUGACCCAAAAAACUGGGGAGAGAAAACAGUGAAGUCCGGGGACGCAUGGAAUAUAAAGCAGCUAAGGGCCAAGAGCAGUCAAGACUUGCACAAACUUUGGUAUGUCCUAUUGAAGGAAAAGAACAUGCUUUUAACUUUAGAACAAGAAUCAAAACGACAGCAGAAGCCCAUGCCAAGUCCAGAACGAUUAGAAAAGGUACAAAAGUCUAUGAAAAAUAUUGACUUGGUUGUCAGAGAAAGAGAAAUUGCUUUGAGACUUCUACAAACUGGCCACGAAAAGCCAGUACCUGGAGAGUGGAGAAAUGACUUCUUGGGCCGCACCUACUGGUAUUCAUACAAGGAAUGGCCAAUACCAUGGUACCUGAACAAAAAAUACCAGAAGAGGAAAUUUUAUUACUUACCCCAUGUUAACCGCUUCAUCAGGCUUAGACUUGAAAAAAAAUUACGUCUACGGAACAGACGGCAAAACUUAGAGAAGAAGAAGCGGAAACUCUUAGAGAAAAAGUUCCCUCACCUUGCUGUAAAAUCUCAGAGCCAGUAACAUCCUGAAGAGUGCUGUAAGCAGUUGGGUGUCUUUGUGACCAGAACAUGGAAGCAAGUUCUGAAACCAGUGAACAACUUGACUGAGCAUUCCUCAUGACCUCCAUCUUUAUUUUAUCUCACACUUAGCCUAAAUUAAAUUUGUGAUUUGAAAUUAAA